AUGAAAGAAAGUCUCGCAAUCGUCCAUAAUGAUCUUCGUAAAUUUGAAAGACUAAAUUGGGAUGGGAAAAAUCUCAUCAAUUUAUUUAUAAGCAAAUUGUUUCGACAAUUGUUUACACUUAAUGGAAAAUCUUAUUUUAGGAACGAUGUGGAUGAGACACGAAAAAGAUCGGUUGAUGAUGAUUAA